UGAUAGGAUGGCAAUGCGGAAGGGCUUGACGUCUAAAGCUAGCAACAAGCUGGUGAUCACCUCAGCUGCCUUUCAAGACCAUAUCACACAGGGCUUGCUGCAUCCACAUUUCUCACUUUCUGACCCUUUGCUGAGAAGGAAACCACCCAGAAAUCCAGCAGCACGAGGAAGAGUGGAAGAAAGGGGUCCGCGGAGACAAGAUCGGCAAGAGGAGGGAGAAUAUGUCCUUGAUUCUUCUCCCCCUCCCUUAACGUUAGCUCAGAAGUUGGGUUUGGUGGCCUCCCCUGCAGGGAAAUUGACAGAGGACGAAUGGACUCGGGUCAAGGCGAGGUCUGUUCAGCAGGGGGAAUCGGCUCAGCCCUGUGCAAUAUGCAGGGAGGAGUUUCUCCUUCAGCCUCAGGUGUUGCUGUCUUGUUCUCAUGUUUUCCACAGAGCAUGUUUGCAGGCCUUUGAGAGGUUUUCUGGGAGGAAGUGCUGCCCGAUGUGCAGAAAGCAGCAGUAUGAGACACGGGUGAUCCACGAUGCAGCUCAACUCUUCAGACACCGGUGUGCCACCAGAAUACAAGCAUGCUGGCGAGGCUAUGUUGCUCGAAAAAGAUACCGGACAUUGAGAAAAUCCAUCUGCCCAAAAGACAAACGGCUGCGACGUAAAUUCUUCGAAGCAAAGUUGCAGGAGUUGAAUGACAGCUUUGUCCGAUACUGUCACACCGACACGGAGGCUUUUCUGAGUGAUAUCAACCGCUCGCUGUCAUCCAGCAGACGAGUGUUCCAGCAGCUGGAGAGAAAGCACAUCUCCGAACCUCAGGAGAACGACUGGGACCGAAUACAGAGCCAGGUUAUCCAGAGAGGUGUCUGGGACUGUGCCAUCUGCCUGACUGCAUUGUGCUUCCAGAGCCUCCCAACAGAAGCAGGUACAUCCAGCCUUCGACAACAUAGACGCACCGUGCUUUUGUCCUGUUCCCACCUCUUCCAUCAGCUUUGUCUAGAGGCCUUUGAGGCUUUUACUGUAGAGAGCAGACCUUCCUGUCCUCUGUGCAGAUCUGCCUACCACAAAAAACUCAUCUAACAGGGUAAAACAUGUAUGCAAGAUGCCCUUUUAAAUCAUCUCAUGCAGAAAUAUUUGUAAACUCAAGUUCAUAUUAUUGUAGGCAAAUUAUUACAUCUUACAGUGACUGAUGAAGAUUAGAGGAAUAGUUUCAACAUUCUGGUGGGAAAUAUGUUUAUUCACUUUCUUGGUGAGAGAGGUGAGGGAAAUGUGAAGUUUGAGCCAGGAGGCGAUUACCUUAGCUUAGCAUAAAGAUGGGAAGCAGGGGGAAACAGCGAGCUUGUCUCUCUCCAAAGUUCAAAGUUCUUAAGUUCAUUAAACACAGGUGUUUUUUGGUUUUAUGGGCAGUUUUCUGUGACUACUUCUUGGCAAACGGCACCCAAGAGCAGCAACUUCCUGCAGUCUUGUCACUGUGAGGUUGCCAGGCAACCAGCGGAGACUCCUGAAAGCCACUGAAAUAGUUACAGCAUGUAACUCUGUAAAAUCACAAACUGUUCAUUCUACAUUAUUGUUUGUGUACAGAUUAAACAAGUGAGAUACGUGUAGAUGGAUGUUUCAACUUUGGACAGAGUCAGGCUAGUGUUUCCCCCUGCUUCCUGUCUUUGUGCUAAGCUAAGAUAGUGGGGGUCCUGGCAGGCUCCAUACAGACAUGAGAGUGGUAUCAAUCCUCUCAUCUAACUCUUUGAAAUUGAGUGUAUUUCCCAAGAUGCCACACUACUCCUUAUUUUUCAUCAGUUUUGACGUCCAUGUCACAAUAAAUGAAAAGAUGUUCACAAAGCA